AUGAAAACCAAAUUCCCAGAGAGACCACCGGAGCUAAAGAUGAACCCAAAUCAAAGUAUAAGCCAAAGGGUGGAUGUUCCCAAUAUUUCAAUAAAUUUGCCAAAAAUCACCUUGGCAAAAUUUGACGGCGAUUAUCAGAAGUGGCCUUCGUUCUAUGAUCUUUUUAAAUCUUUGGUCCAUAAUAAUGAGAUGAUUCCAGCGGUUCAGAAAUUACAGUACCUCAAAUUGCACCUUUCCGGUGAACUAGAGCAUUUGUUGAGAGCCUUUCAAGUCACAGAAGAUAAUUAUGUUCAACAUGUUGAGGGAAAUUGUGACAACAAGCGAGUAUUAGUUAAUACUCAACUUAAAUUGCUACUCAAUCAAAGUUUUGCAUUAAAGAAUCUACAAAUAGAUGUGGAGGGCUGGGAUCCUAUAAUAGUUUAUCUCAUCGUGCAAAAGCUGCCAACCGAGACACAUCAGCUAUGGGAACAGAGCGUCAGCGCGGAAAAUCAAUUACCAACUUGGCGACAAUUGAAAAGUUUCCUUGAAACUCGAUUUCGCACAUUGGAGGCUAUAUCAACGAGGCGAUCUUCAUCACAUAGACCUCCACAAAACGAAGCUAGUAAGUACAGGAAUAGUUGCGCUUUGCAUGCUGCUACGAAUGCAACGGCGAAGAGUAACCCACCUUGCCCUAUUUGUCGGAGCCCACACAAGUUGAAACAAUGCAAAAGAUUUUUGGGAUUAAGACAAAACAAAAGAUUGGAAGUUGUUAAAGGUAGGGGAUUGUCUAUAAACUGUCUUAAUUCUGGACAUAUGAUGACCACUUGCUCUAAUCAACAGAGUUGUUUUAAAUGUCAUCAACAUCAUACCCUGCAUAGGGACAACGAAGAAAUUUGGGAUCGAGGCCUAUUACGGCGACAGCAGCAGACCGCAGUCGCAUCACAAGUACGUGCGCACUACGUCUCACAUGAUCCGUCACCUCCAACCACGGCGGGUGAAAUUUCGACAUCGGCGCCAGCAUUCGUACCCGGCAGCAACAGCCAUGUUCACACUUGCGACACAUCGGAUGCACACACACAACAGGUUCUACUGGCCCCUGCGUGCAUUAAAAUAGUAUGUCCAGCAACGGGACGUUAUCAGAGGGCGAGAGCUCUAAUCGAUCCUGGUUCGCAGAGUUCUUUCAUCACCGAAUCAGCGGUUCAGAAUUUGAAAUUACGAAAAAACAGGACAAUAACAAAUAUACACGGUGUAUCAGAAAGCAACAUCGGCCAAUCAUUAUCAAAAGUGGAUGUCAUCAUACGAGAUCUACGCGAUUCCAAGCAGGUGCGCACUUCGGCAUUGGUUCUCAAGAAACUGACCAACUUGCUACCAGAGCGUAAUAUUCAAACCAAGGAGUGGUCACACAUAGACGGAUUGAUCCUAGCUGAUCCAAGUUAUUUUGCAAUGGGAAAAAUAGAUGUACUCAUCGGAGCAGACAUUUUCGGCCAAAUUAUUUUGGAGGGACUAAGAAAGGGACCCCCUGGUGCACCAAUUGCUCAAAAAACUAUUUUUGGAUGGAUCAUAACGGACAAUGUCGAUAAACAAAGUGUCAACACGACAUCAAUAGAGAAGUUCCACAUCCAAUCCCAUUUAGAUGAUAGUAUCAGAAGGUUCUGGGAGUUAGAAGAAGUACCGGAACAAAUAAUAUUUACAGAAGAGGAAUUAUUGUGUGAAAAUCAUUUUUCUGAAACAUUUCGUAGACUUGAGGAUGGACGCUAUCAGGUUGAGUUACCUCUUAUACCAGAUGAGCGUCCCAUAUCACUUGGAAGUUCAAGACACAUUGCGAUUGCCAGGCUUUUCGGCAUGGAGAAGCAAUUUUCAAAAAAUGAGGUAUUGAAAGGCAACUACAACAAGUGCAUAGCUGAAUAUUUAGAGAUGAACCAUAUGGAGCAAGUGAAUUCAAUGGAAUUAAAAAAUCAACGACAACAAAUCAUCUCGAAUUAUUUGCCACAUCACGGCGUCAUAAAGGAAAGUAGCUCAACUACAAAACUACGAGUGGUUUUUGAUGCAUCACGGCCAACUUCAAAUGGUUCAUUAUUAAAUGACAAAACAUUAAAGGGCCCGGUCAUACAAGAUGAUUUAUCUACUCUUUUAUUACGUUUUCGAAAAUAUAAAAUUGCAUUUACAGCAGAUUUGGAGAAGAUGUAUAGGCAAAUCCGAAUCGCACCGCAACAUGCCGAUUAUCAAAGAGUAGUCUGGAGAGAUUCUCCGAGUCAAUCAAUUCGGGACUAUAAAUUAACUACAGUAACAUUUGGUACAAAAUCAGCACCGUUUCUAGCAACACGAGUAUUAAAACAGUUGGCGAUAGAUGAAAAGAUAAACUAUCCUAUUGCAUCAAGAAUAACGUUGGAUUCAUUUUAUGUGGAUGAUCUCCUGUCGGGUGCGGAUUCUAUCGAAAAGGCAUUGGAAAUGCAAAAACAAUAA